GCAGAUGACAGUUCGAGGCGGUGCUUUCAGGCUAUGCUUUAUUGCUCGGGAGGGGGACAUUACUGAGUCGGGCGUGGGAGUCAGGCAAUCUUUCCUAUUCUAUCUGGAUAAAUGAAAGCUGACAACUAGACCACUUUAUUGCAGCGUCCAUCACAGACUGUCUCGGGCAUCUUGCUGCGUCUAAAACUUUGAAUUGUGCCCCCUCGCCGAGGAGCACUCCAACCCGCUCGAAGAAGAACGACGGCCGGACAACGCUCAUCAUCGCGAAAUAUAGGCCGUUGCUGACCUGUUUGCAUGGUGUGAUGAUCUGAAGCGCCUUUUCUAAACAAAGCCCUUGCCUUACGCAGGCAGCAUGUCCGCCCCCACAGACCCAGAGGUGAAGGAGCUGAACCCAGUCGACUUCAUCCAGCUACAGCAGUACAUUGACUACUGCACGCUGAAGGUUAAAGAUGUGCUGAGGGAAUUUGAUGCAGAUGGCAGGCUGGCCCAGCACAGACAUGGAGAGUGUAUCAAUGAGGAGGGCUUCCGUCUCUUCCUGAAGACCUAUCUGGAGGUGGAGGACUUCCCUAAGGAUCUCUGCCAGCGCCUCUUUCGAUCCUUCCAGAGCGGAACUGAACCUGACGGGCAGGACAAUGCUAAAGAGGUAUUUUUGAAGGACGUUUCAUGUUACUUCUCCCUGUUGGAGGAUGGCCAGCCCAGAGACAAGCUGGAGUUUGCUUUCAAACUGUACGACAGAGAUGGCAAUGGCGUCCUUGACAGCUCCGAGGUGGACCGGAUCAUUGCUCAGAUGAUGCACGCUGCAGAUUACCUUGGUUGGGAUGUGUCUGAGCUGAGACCAGUGCUAAAGGACAUGAUGACGGCCAUCGACGCAGACAGCAGUGGCACGGUCUCUCUGGAUGAGUGGGUGGAGGGAGGAAUGAACAACGUCCCCCUGCUGGUGUUACUGGGUCUGAAGAUGACUCAGAAGGAUGGGCAGCACCUAUGGAGGAUGAAGCAUUUCAACAAGCCUGUCUACUGCAACGUUUGUCAGAGCAUGCUGCUAGGACUAAGGAAACAGGGGCUUUGCUGCACCUGCUGUAAAUACACGGUCCAUGGACGGUGUGCCAACAUAAACCCAGCUCCCUGUACCAGGACCUAUGUCAAAUCUAAGAAAGACACAGGGGUUCCAACCCAUGACUGGGUCAGUGGGAACUGUGACUCUGGGAAGUGUGACAAGUGUCAGAAGAAGAUCAAGAGUUAUCACGGGCUGACGGGAAAACACUGUGUCUGGUGUCACUCCAUGCGCCAUGAUGACUGUGCCUCCCAGGAGCCCUCCGACUGUAACUGUGGACCUCUCAGAGACCAUAUCCUCCCCCCCUGGGCUAUCUACCCUGUUAUAAAGGAGAGGUCAAACAGCAUAAAGAACGGCUCCUCAAGCUCAGCCGACGACAGUGACCACAACACCACUCCUGAUGGACAGGUGCUUCAGAUUAAUCCGGUACCAGACACUCAUCCUCUUCUAGUGUUUGUGAACCCUAAAAGUGGAGGCAAGCAGGGAGAAAGAGUUCUGCGCAAAUUUCAGUAUUUGCUGAAUCCACGGCAGGUGUACAACCUCUCCAAUGGUGGACCUGGACCGGGGCUGUGCUUCUUCAGAUCUCUGAAGGAUUACAGGAUCUUGGUUUGCGGAGGGGACGGCACUGUGGGCUGGAUACUUGAUGCCAUAGACAAAGCCAAUCUUCAAGUGCGGCCACCAGUGGCUGUGUUACCCCUGGGCACAGGAAAUGACCUCGCACGUUGUCUUAGAUGGGGAGGAGGUUAUGAUGGGACAGAUCUGUGUCGUAUCCUGAAGGAGAUUGAGGUCAGCACCCCGGUGCUGAUGGACCGCUGGAAUGUAGAGGUGAUCCUAGAGGACCCCCAGGAGACAGGAGACCCUGUGCCUUAUGAGAUCAUCAACAACUACUUCUCCAUCGGCGUGGACGCCUCUAUUGCCCACCGUUUUCAUACGAUGAGAGAGAAACACCCCCAGAAAUUCAACAGCAGAAUGAAGAACAAGUUGUGGUACUUUGAGUUUGCCACCUCAGAGACCAUCUCUGCUUCGUGCAAGAAACUGAAUGAAUGUCUUACAAUUGAGUGCUGCGGCACCCCAUUAGACCUGAGUGGCCGUUCUAUGGAGGGGAUCGCUGUCCUCAACAUUCCCAGCAUGCACGGUGGAUCCAACCUGUGGGGAGAAGCCAAGAAGAGUGAAUGCAAGUGCUUGAUGAAUCCUCAGGAAAUGCCUGUGGUUAUUGUUGACCCUGAAGUCUUGAAAGUCAGUGGACAAGACGUCAGUGACCGGCGUUUGGAGGUGGUUGGCCUCGAAGGGGCCAUGGAGAUGGGACAGAUAUAUACAGGACUUAAGAGCGCUAUACGACUAGCAAAAACCUCCCAGAUCACAAUCAGGACGAAGAAACCUUUACCGAUGCAGAUAGACGGAGAGCCCUGGAUGCAGCCACCCUGUACGAUUCACAUCACACACAAGAACCAGGCCAGUAUGCUGAUGGCUCCCCAGGGCCGGUCCAGCUUCUUCAGCUCAAAGUAGUAGCCUGCUCUCCUGGCUUCAAGCUGUAACAUGGCUGGCCUGUAUACACUUGCUUAUUAUUGUACAUUUUGUUAAAGGCCCAGUACAGUCAAAUGUGAUUUUCCUGUGUUUUAUAUAUAUUUCCUCUCUGAGGUUAGAGUAAUAUUGUGCAAAUUAUUAUAAUGUCCUUUUAGUGCAAGAGCUGUUUGAAGAGACUGCCUAACAUUUCUGCCUGUUUUGCUGUGAAGGAGUUUUGGCCAUGGUAGUAAGUUAGCGAAUAGACUGAUAAGAAAUAGUUCCAAACCUCUCUGUCAGUGUCAACAGAUGUGGUAAAGAGGUCAAUGGAAGUUGACCAAAACAAGGAAAAUGCCAUGGAAAUGGGGUGGAGUGGGGUGGAGAUCCUGAAAAAUUUGCCUACAUUUGCAUUUAUGCUAUUGUUUGUGUAUUUCACACUAUGUUGAGGUAGAAAUAGGAGUAUAAUGCUUGUAUGGAUGUCAACCCCAAUACAUGUGAAAUCAAAUCAUCUUCACCAAUCAAGUCCUCAAUCAACUUCAAUAUAGUUGAAAACAGCUUUGAUUACCACCACUGAUUUCUGUGUGCUUCCAGCUUAUACCAACCGGAGUUAGCAUUUAGCAGUCACUUCUUCUAAACCUGAAAAGGGACAACUUAUUGAUGUUAUGCAGCUAAAACAGCCAAACAUAUCCAAAUCAGACUUCAGUAACUUCAGUUGUGGGUCGGGCUGGGCGAGUUCCAUGCUUCCUCUGGAAGCAACGUCAGCAGAAGAACUGUUUCAUUGGGAGGUUCAUGAAAUGGGUUUCCAUGGGCGAGCAGCCUAAGAUCAAAAUGCGCAAAGCCAAGCGUCGGCCGGAGUGGUGUAAAGCUCGCCACCAUUGGAGCAGUGGAAAUGCAUUCUCUGAAGUGAUGAAUCACACUUCACCAUCUGGCAGUCCGACGGACUAAUCUGGGUUUGGCAGAUGCCAGGAGAACUCUAGCUGCCGAAUGCAUAGUGCUAACUGUAAAGUUUGGUGGACGAGGAAUAAUGGUCUGGGGCUGUUUUUCAUAGUUCGUGCUAGGCCCCUUAGUUCCAGUGAAGGGAAAUCUUAAUACUACAGCAUACAACAUUCUAGACGACUCUGUGCUUCAAACUUUGUGGCAACAGUUUGGGAAAAGCCUUUUCCUGUUUCAGCAUGACAAUGCCUCCGUGCACAAAGCGAGGUCCAUACACAAAUGGUUUGUUGAGAUCGGUGUGGAAGAACUUCACUGGCCUGCACAGAGAGGCCUUACCUCAACCCCAACGAACACCUUUGGAAUGAAUUGGAAUGUCGACUGCGAGCCAGGCUUAAUCACCCAACCUCUCUAAUGCUCUUGUGGCUGAAUGGAAGCAAGUACCCACAGCAAUGUUCCAACAUAAUAAAACAUAAUAAUUCGAUAUAUCACCCAGCCCAAAUUGUGGGCCUGUUAAAAUGCAUCAAUCGUGACGGAUUUGACGAAUAUCUACUUUGUUAGAUCAGAUUUGUUGGUUGUCCACCAAUCCGGCAUCCUCCUAUCCCCCGUGGUCUGCAUUCCGUUGACCUCUUUAUCGCAUCUAUAACAGCUCAUUGUCAGUUUUCCCCUCCCCACUCAGACCACUCCCAGACAGUCCUAGCAAAAUUCUUGCUUGAGGAAUUGCCCUUUGCUUAGAAUUUAUUUUUGACCAUUUUAAAUGAAAACAGCCACCGUAAGGUAUUUAAUUGCUACGUAGAAAUGAUUUGAUAUUGAGGUAAAAACGGUUACAUUGGACCUUUUUAAAUGACUGAAGCAACAUGGUUUGUCAAACAGUUGGUAUGUGCAUGUUUUAGAGAGAUGUUGACCAACAUUUUCAGAAAGUUCAGUAGGUAUGUUUUUGUUCUGCCACAAUGCAAGUCUAUAUUAUGAAAGCCUUACAAACUACAGCUGUAGAUUAACUUGAUGUCCACAGUUAUAUAUUUAAGCUAAGAACUUAGUGUGCCUUUUGUCAUAAUUUAGCCAAAUUCAUCUAAUGCGUUUAUCAAGGAGUGAAAAACUGUGCUAUGAUUCUGCUUGAAAACUUUGAGUGAAAUGUUUAUUUAGCAAGGUUUUUAUUGUAACUGCAUUUUCUAAUUUGUUAUUCUAUUUUAGUAGGAUCAUUUUAAAUGUGUGUAUGUACAGUACCAGUCAAAAGUUUGGACAGUUUGCGUGUGUCUCAUUCAAGGGUUUUUCUUUUAUUUUUACUAUUUUCUACAUUGUACAAUAAUAAUAAU